CGCAACCCCGCCCGCCACCAAAGCCCUAAUAAUAAAAUUAUAAACCAAAAAUAUUAGAAAAAAAAAAGAAGGAAAAAACACUUCCUUCCUCAGUCCUUCCCUCUCCUCAGUCCUUUUUCAUUAGAAAGUAGCGGUUUCACAUCACUUCGCCCUUCUCUUUUACUCUUACAUACUUUCUCCCCCAACCUUAAGCAACAGCGGCGACAAAUGGCGAGCAUUACUAAAACCGAUCCGCAGGAGCACAACAGAGAAGACGAAGAAAACGCUCCCGCCGCCGACGACGAGGACACCGGCGCUCAAGUCGCUCCUAUUGUGAAGCUCGAGGAAGUCGCUGUCAGUACUGGUGAAGAAAACGAGGAUCCGAUGCUCGAUCUGAAAGCAAAGCUGUAUCGAUUCGACAAGGAAGGGAACCAGUGGAAGGAGAGAGGAGUUGGAAAUGUCAAGCUUUUGAAGCACAAAGUCAGUGGCAAGGUUCGCCUUGUCAUGCGCCAAUCUAAGACCCUCAAGAUCUGUGCAAAUCAUCUAGUUCUUCCAACAAUGACUGUGCAAGAACAUGCUGGAAAUGAUAAAUCAUGCGUUUGGCACGCAACUGAUUUUGCGGAUGGUGAAUUGAAAGAAGAAAUGUUCUGCAUCAGAUUUGCUUCUGUUGAGAAUUGCAAGUCCUUCAUGGAGAUGGUUCAAGAGGUCGCAGAAAGUCAGGGAAAGAAAGAGGAAACCAAAGAUGCCACAGCCACUGCUGGUCUCCUAGAGAAGUUGAGUGUUGGAGAAAGUAAAAGUGAUGGGAAAGAACAAGAAGAAAAGGCUGCUGCCUCGGAGGAUAAGGAAGCCGGGGAAGAUAAAGCUAAGACAGAGGCAGACAAGAAAGAUGAGCCUGCUUCAAAAGCAUAGAACUGAAAGAGAGAGCAUCUAUAGUUGAUGAAGUUUAUCAUAUACAUUGAAUUUUUAGUGGUUGGGAGAAUGAUAUUUUUCCCACUGCUUAAUGUUUGCAAACAAUCAAAUUAUGUUGAAAGCUUUGGAUGGGACGGACGGUUUGUUUAUUUGUCUACAUGGGAUUGUAAUAGUCGGUUUACUGGUCUUUGAUUCCGGUGGUAGUUCAUUUGGUUUGACGGGGUAAUGAAUGUUUUGAUUAAGCGUGUUUCUUGUA